CUCCACUUGCCCCCGCCCCCGCCCCCGCGCAUCGUCCACUCGUUGCUUCGUCUUCUUCCUCCCUCGCCCCAGAUUAAAUCCGGCUAUUUAAAUCGAAUCCCCCAACGAACUCCCACUUUUCCCCAGCAGCAGCGGCGUCAGCGGAGCAGAGAGCGAGCGAGAGAGGAGCCAACCCUAGCGAGCGAGCGAUGGGAUAGGUGGGGGAUUCCCGGCGGGCCAUGGAGUGGGACAGCGACUCGGACGGCAGCGGGGAGGAGGACGAGGAGGAGGAGGGGGUCGGGCCGUGGGGCGCGGAUGGGUGCCGGGGCGGCGGCGGGUUCUCGCUGGCGAUCGAGGGGGUGCUCGGCGGCGCCUGCGGCCUCGUCGUGUCCGACGCGCUCGAGCCCGACUUCCCCAUCAUCUACGUCAACCGCGGCUUCGAGGACGCCACCGGCUACCACGCCGAGGAGGUGCUCGGGAGGAACUGCCGUUUUUUGCAAUGCAGAGGACCAUUUGCUCAGAGGAGACAUCCCCUUGUUGAUGCUAUAGUAGUUACUGAGAUUCAGAGAUGCUUAGAGGAAGGAACUGAGUUCCAGGGUGAUCUGCUGAAUUUUAGGAAAGAUGGUUCCCCGUUUAUGACGAGUCUGCAACUAAAGCCCAUAUAUGGAGAUGAUGAAACAAUAACCCAUUAUAUGGGCAUUCAGUUCUUCAACGAUUGUAAUGUUGAGUUGGGGCCUUUGCCUGGCUCUAUGGCAAAGGAAGCUGUGAGAUCGCUAUGGAUUGCACCAGAUAACACACUCCGACCAACUCCAACAGGGAAGGGUAACUUUUGCUCUGAGUAUUCUCAUCUCUUCCAACUGAGUGAUGAGGUAUUGUGCCAGAAGAUCCUAUCAAGAUUGUCACCGAGGGAUAUAGCAUCUGUAAACUCCGUAUGUAAACGUUUGUAUCAUAUGACAAAGAAUGAUCACCUUUGGAGAAUGGUUUGUCAGAAUGCAUGGGGCAACGAUGCAACUCGGGCUCUUGAGAAUGUGGCUGGCACAAAAAGUUUGGCAUGGGGACGGCUAGCAAGGGAGUUGACUACACUGGAAGCCGUCACCUGGAAGAAAUUGACGAUCGGGGGUACAGUGGAGCCAUCUCGCUGCAACUUCAGUGCUUGUGCUGUAGGAAACCGGGUUGUCCUUUUCGGUGGGGAAGGCGUUAACGCACAGCCGAUGAAUGAUACAUUUGUGCUGGAUUUGAGUGCGACCAAGCCAGAGUGGAGGCACGUCAAUGUGGGGUUGGCUCCUCCUGGCCGCUGGGGCCAUACCCUGUCAUGCCUAAGUGGAUCGCUGUUGGUUCUGUUUGGUGGAUGUGGCGGCCAGGGGUUGCUCAAUGAUGUGUUUAUUUUGGAUUUGGAUGCAAAACAUCCUACAUGGCGUGAGAUUUUUGGCCUUACACCACCAGUUCCACGGUCAUGGCAUAGCUCUUGCACGAUGGAUGGAUCGAAGCUGGUGGUUUCUGGUGGCUGUGCCGACUCUGGUGUGCUUCUCAGCGACACUCAUCUCUUAGAUGUAACAAUGGAAAGGCCUGUUUGGAGGGAGAUACCUGCACCUUGGACUCCACCUUCUAGGUUGGGCCACUCACUCUCUGUCUACGAUGGCCGGAAAAUCCUGAUGUUUGGUGGUCUUGCCAAAAGCGGCCCUUUGCGACUCAGGUCUGGCGAUGUAUUCACAAUGGACUUGAGUGAUGCUGUACCGUCAUGGCGGUGCAUCACCGGUAGCGGAAUGCCAGGAGCCUGCAACCCCGCUGGAGUUGGUCCGCCUCCUCGCCUUGAUCAUGUUGCCGUGAGCCUACCCGGAGGGAGAAUUAUGAUAUUUGGUGGCUCUGUAGCAGGUCUUCAUUCCGCCUCACAGCUUUACCUCCUGGAUCCGACCGAAGAGAAACCUACCUGGAGAAUACUGAACGUUCCAGGGCGCCCUCCAAGGUUUGCCUGGGGACACAGUACCUGUGUCAUGGAAGGAUCAAAGGCAAUAGUUCUUGGAGGACAAACCGGAGAGGAGUGGACGCUGACUGAAAUUCAUGAACUCUCUCUGGCGAGCUCAUUAGUUUGAGACCGGACAGUCUCCAGCAAGCUUACAGGUUCCUCAAAGCUAUGCAAACGGAAUUGGUAAGCAAACUGGGAUGUUCUCAUGGCAGGUUAGUCUCAAGUAGAUGAAAGCUGGCUACUCUCGCAACGCCUCAGAGUCGCCUCGUUUAGUCUAUAUGAAGUAGGAAUGCAUUCUCCCCGCCCGCUGCCGUUUGUUUGGUCUACUACAAGGUAACUAACUAUCAUCCAUAACCCCUCAAUGUGUGUUGUUCUCGUCAGAUGUUUCCAGCACUCUGAUAAGAGGAACAAAAGGGACUGGCGAUGCUUGGAGUGUCCCAUCCGAUCCAACACCCUGCGAUGCGUGCCUCUGCCGAUGAUGUUGUAACUGCUCUGAAAUUUCGACCGCCAGAUAUGGUUAUGUUAAGCUUUUGCGUUGUGUAUGCCUUGUAUGUUCUCCGCGGGCCGCGCCGUGACUCACUCACAUUGUUCGUUUGCUGCCUUCUGCUGACAGAAACCUUUUGGGUUUAUACCUUUUGUAAGUUGUAACUCUGAUUGUAGCCAAAAAAGUACCAGGAUUGCUUGUAUGAAAACAAUAGGGAGUUUUUGCUUCCCCGCGACAUUUGUUGUAGAAUGUGGUAGUACCAUAACUCACAGAGAUUUUUCUACGGAAUAAACAAUGAUGGUGAUAGCUAAGUUGAUGCA